UCAAACCGAACGGCGGGUAGUUGAAACCCAGACAGAAAACAAACAAUAAGGGUUCAUUAUAAAGAAUAAAACCAAAAGUGUAAGAAAAUGACCAGCACACUGAAAGGAAUUACUCUGAAGGGAAGCGCAGAGCUUGUGGCCGAGUUCUUCUCAUUUGGUAUCAACAGCAUUCUUUACCAGCGGGGCAUCUAUCCUCCGGAGACAUUCACCAGAGUCACCCACUAUGACAUGAGCCUGCAGCUCACCACUGAUCUCAAACUGAAGAACUACCUGACCAAUGUGGUGUCUCAACUCAAAGAGUGGCUAUUUGAGUGCACAGUGCAGAAGCUGGUGUUGGUGAUCACAUGUCUGGAAACCAACGAGGUGCUGGAGAGAUGGCAGUUUGACAUCGAGUGUGACAAAUCAGCCAAGGAGAGCAGUGCUCCCAGAGAGAAGUCCAUUAAGACCAUUCAGGAUGAGAUCCGCUCAGUUAUCAGACAGAUCACAGCCACGGUUACUUUCCUGCCGCUGCUGGAGACGCCCUGUGCAUUUGACCUCCUUGUCUACACAGACAAGGACCUAGUGGUCCCUGAGAAGUGGGAAGAGUCUGGGCCACAGAUCAUUGACCAAUCAGAGGAGGUGCGUCUUCGCUCCUUCACCACCUCCAUCCACAAGGUGAACAGCAUGGUGGCCUACAAGAGGACUGACUCAGCUUAAAUGUGUAAACCAAGCCCCCCCCCCGCCAUCCUACGUGCUGUACACACCAACCACUGCCCCGUAUAGAAAACAGAUUUUACAGAGCCCUGUCCUACCUCACUGUCUGCGUCUCUGUCCUCAGCCUUCUGUACUCUGUGUCCUCCUGUCAUCCUUUUCACAUAUUCACUUUGUCUCACUUGUCUUGUGAGUGUGUAACAGCACCUGCUCUGUCUCCACUGAUGUAAAUAUUUCUCUGAAGCAGUGAUCUGUCUAUCAGGACCAACUGUCUCUUUAUUAUUGUUUCCCCUUUCUCUAAAGUUGUUAAACUCUGUUUUAGAAGCUAGUGGUUUAUAUGUUAAACUUUUAUAAAAUGUCAAAUAAAUGUCUUUCGCUAA